AUGAAUUACAAGGCCAAAAGGAGAGAGUAUUUACAACACUCACUGUUCGGUGGUUCCAAUACCUCAACCUGCCAACAUGAUGUAUAUAUGAUAUAUUUGUCAAGCGUUUCCGAGGAGUAUAGCUGCCAUUUUGAAGUGCUCGGACAGGAAGUGAUUUGUGACUCAAUAUUGUCUAGAAAACGAGGGUCACAUUUUAAAGAACUUAGAGAUUACAACAUUCAUUUGGCAGAAGAUUUGGAUGGUCCGAUUGAAAUUCUCAUAGGAGCUGAUGUUGCAGGAAAGCUGAUUACCGGAAACCAUCUCCAACUGAAAAAUGGAAUCACUGCCAUUGAAACAAAGCUAGGUUGGACGGUUAUAGGACGUGCCAAUAGUGAGAAUACAAGCUUAUUAAUCACUUCAAUGCUCACGACAAGUGCUUGCAUAACAGAUUUGUGGACUCUUGACUCUCUUGGUAUCACAGACCCAUCUGAAAAGAAGACGGCGAUUGAAUUACAAGAAGCAGCGAGGCAGCAUUUCUUAGACACAGUUAAAAUAGAGAACAAUAGGUAUAUUGUGAGUUUACCUUGGAUUGAAGAUCAUCUUCCACUUCCUGACAAUUUUGAACUUUCUGAGAAGAGAUUACACAAAGUUGUAAAGAGACUUAAAACCGAAGGACUGUUCGAAGCCUAUGGAGCAGUAUUUAAAGAGUGGUUGGAAGAAGAUAUCAUAGAAGAAGUGACUAAAGACGAGGUUAAUCUCCCUGCACAUUAUUUACCACACCGUCCUGUUUUGAAGCAGAAUAGUACCACCAAAAUCAGACCUGUAUUCGAUGCUUCCGCCAGACAGAAAGGUGCCCCUUGCCUCAAUGACUGUUUAGAAACUGGAGUUAAUUUGAUUGAAUUGAUACCAAAUAUCUUAUAUCGUUUUCGGUUGGAAAAAAUUGGAGUUAUUGCUGAUAUUCGCAAGGCCUUUUUGCAAGUUUGUCUGUCACCUUCAGAUAAAGAUUUUUUGCGUUUUCUGUGGAUUGGAGAAGAUGGUAAAUUGAAGUACUUUAGACAUUGUCGUGUAGUUUUUGGUGUGUCAUGCAGUCCCUUUUUGCUUGGAAUUGUUAUUAUGCACCACUUGCAAGAGGUCUUAAACCAUCAAGAUAAGAAAUAUCCAGAGAGGAUGGUAAAAUUAUUAAUGCAGAGUUUUUAUGUGGAUAAUUGUGUGACAAGUGUGCCAAACGAGAAAGAGCUUGAACUCUUCAUUGUGGUUGCGACCAAUGUCAUGGCUGAGAGAUGUUUUCAACUAAGAGGCUGGGAAAGCACAUGUUUAAAGGAUAGAAGCGCUCCUGUCACGAAUGUUUUAGGAUUACAGUGGGACAAAGGUCUGGAUACUUUGGGUAUAAAUAUGAACAGCCUGAAGGAACUUUGUGUAGAGAAUGUGACGAAGAAAACUAUUCUAUCUGCAGCUCAUCGUAUCUUCGAUCCUAUUGGUGCAACUUGUCCUGUUGCAUUGUUUCCAAAACUUCUGCUACAGAAAACUUGGGAGCGAAAAUUGAAUUGGGAGGAAGAAGUGGACUCCAAUACUAGAGAAGAGUUUCUGAAGUGGAUGAGAGACAUAUUUCAUCUCGAAAAGGUGCAAAUUCCUCGACAUUUAAAAACUGGUGAUGCGAAUGAGAAAUGUUCCUUGCAUUUUUUCAGUGAUGCGAGCAUGUAUGCUUAUGCAGCAGUAGCUUUUCUUCGAGUUGAGACGAGUGAGUAUGUCAAAGUUCAGUUGUUAAGUGCUAAAGCCAGAGUUUCCCCAACGGGAAAGAAGAAGACCACUAUUGAAAGACUAGAGUUAUUGGCUGCUACAAUCACUGCACGCCUUGCCUCAUCUAUCACAAAAGAGAUCCCACAUGAAAAAAUCUAUUUGUGGUCCGAUUCAACGACAGUGAUAACUUGGAUAAAAAGAGAAGAUGCUUGGAGUACCUUCGUACAAAACCGUGUUGUUGAAAUCAGAACUUUGACUUCCAAAGAAAAUUGGAGACAUGUGCCUGGUUCAUUUAAUCCUGCCGAUCUUCCAAGUAGAGGUUGUUCUGCCAAGAAACUAGUGCAGUCCAAAUGGUGGGAGGGCCCUGAUUGGCUAUAUUUACCUGCUGAUCAAUGGCCAUUCUCAGAUGUAGUAGUCAAUGAAGAUGAAGUGCUGAAGGAACGAAAGAAAACUCUUGUGUCUACCCCGACUGCCUGUUUGAGUGCUCACGCCAUCGAAAACGUGAACACGGAAGAGCCUGAUUGGUACUAUAGUUACUUUUCCCAAUAUGAGAAAAUUGUGCGUAUGAUCGGCUGGAUAUUGAGAUUUUUUAGAAACUGCAAAAAACCAAAAGAAUUGAGAAAAUGUGAUAUUCUGGAUGCAGAGGACUUUGAAGAAGCGGAGAAAAUAGUAAUAAAGAUCAUUCAAAGUGAAGCAUUCAUUAACGAAAAAGACGAGAAAUUGAAAACUUUAAGAGUUUACAAAGAUGAGGAUGGCAUCAUCAGAUUGAGAACAAAAAUUGAGUAUCGUGAAGACAGCCAUUCUUUUCGAAGACCUGUAGUCCUUCCUUCUCAACACCAUGUUGUGAAACUUUUAAUAGUUUCUUUUCACAAUAGACAUGGACAUGUGGGGACUCAAAUGCUACUUAACCUGCUGAGAGAACAUUUUUGGAUCUUAAAUGGCCGAAAAACUGUGCGAUCGAUCAUCUCAAAAUGUGUUAUCUGCAAGAGGCAUUCUGGAAAAAAUUUAGAUGCAGAGCCAGCCCCAAUUACCAAAGAUCGAAUCAGAGACACUGCUGUAUUCGAAAUUGUAGGAGUGGACUUAGCUGGCCCAUUGUACUUGAAAGAUGAGAAAAAGACUUGGACUGGAACCGGAUCGUUGAGAACGGAGCAAUACAUCGCAUUAAAUGGAAAUUUAACCCCCCUACUGCAUCCUGGUGGGGAGGUUGGUGGGAGAGGUUGA